AUGACAAUUCCAGUUUACGCUCGUACAGUAGGAAUAUCUGAUGUACUGUUUCCUUUUCGUUAUGGGGGACACAUCAAACUCAACGGUAGGGAGCUGUGUUAUAGAUCCUUCACCAAAACAGCCGGGGAGGCACUCUGCCAAUCAAAAGGGCUGCAGUAUGGGUCGCAUAACAGAACAAUAAUGUACGACCGUUAUAGAUCCCAGCUGCUUCACUGUUCCUAUCCAGACCUGUCUUAUUGCUACAUUUUCCAGAGAUUUUGUGAUGAGGCUGUUGAAUUACAUUGUACAGGAUAUUCCACAAAUCCGAUAGUUACAACAACCAGUUCUCCAACACUUGUAAGACUUAUAAAUGGAGAGUCUGAGACGGAAGGUAGAGUAGAGCUGUUGCAUGACGGGAAAUGGGGUACGGUCUGUGACGACAUGUUUGAUAAAGCAGAUGGUGAUGUCAUCUGCAGAAUGAUUGGUUACAAAGAGGCAAGUCAAGUGUUUAAAUAUGCCCACUUUUCAAACGGAUACGGACCAAUCUGGCAAGACAAUUUACAAUGUGUGGGGAAUGAGACAGAGAUCGGAGACUGUCCCUCAAAUGGAUGGGGAAACACUGACUGUGGUCACGGGGAGGACGCUGGGGUUUCUUGUGGUAUUGCAAGAACAACAACGAAAAGCGCUUGUCCAAUCAACCAUUGUCAAAAUGGGGGCACAUGUUUUCAAACUAGUUCCCAAACAGGAUACACAUGUGCGUGUCCUCAUAGCUAUACUGGACACACUUGUGAAACAGAUACAUCUUCCUCGUCAUCAGUCUUUGUCAGCUGUCUUGAUGACGCAUGGAACAUCACAGUGGAUCUUCAACCUUUGCGUCAAAAAUACCCGGAUUUUGAUCCAGAUGAAUGUUAUAUAGGUUUUGACAACGCUAACUGUACCGGAAGUAUACAUGGUGAUAGUCUCUAUUUCAGACAAAAUUACAAGGACUGCAAAACAAUUGAAAAGAAUCUGACGGAAGGUAUUGAAUACAGCAAUGAACUUCUCUGCGCCCGUCAUGAUCGUCUGUACCACUUCAUAAUUCGUGAAGUUCGACUUCAAGUGAAACUGCUUUGCAAAUUUUUCUCUCUUGAUGUGGUUUCUUCAACACCUACGGAUCGACAAGUUCAUCUUCAAUACUUUUCUGACCCCGCGCUCACAAGGGCCAAGGAUUUCAACAGAUGCCAAGCUGGAGAGAAGCUAUAUGUUCGGGCAUUGAGUGACGUCACGGACAGUAACAUAAAAAUGAGAUUAUCACACUGCUAUAUCACACCAGCGGUUAUCACUGACCUUGGGAUGCAGUAUUAUAUCAUCAAAGAUGGGUAAACAUUUUUUCACAUCAUUUACAAGUACCUUAAAUCCCCUUGCAGUAUUUUUAUAAAACUAAGUAGUUGUCUUUUUUAUGAGAAUUAUUCAAUUGCCAAUGAUUGCAUUACCAUUUAGCAAUACAUUUAUUAAUACGAAACAGUAACAGAAAAUAUCAGAUAACAUAAUGAAUGUCACGGGUAUGAUACUUUUUGUUUAAUGAUAAUUGUAAACCACGGACGAAAAGUGUUUAAUAAGUAUUUUUUAGUAUAAGAAAAUUUAACCACUUUACUUUUUCCCGAU